UGGGACACUGGACGUCCGUCUCCAGUCGGCACCAGCGGCACGAGGAAGAAUAGUAUGGCCGCGGCAUCCAUAUAAACUAAAGCCCAUGUAGCGCCCCCCAGUACUAAUCAACCGACAAUCGGCAAUGGGAUUACUCCAGUCGUCUUCCUCCAGCUCGCGCGUAGCCUGGGUGCUGCUGCUGCUGCUGCUUUGCUUCUGCGAGCUUCCAUUCAGAGCACACGGAGGAGGUUCUCGCAAGCUCUAUAUAGCUUACUUAGGUCAUGUGAAGCAUGAUGAUCCCAACGAUGUCGUCGCAUCGCACCAUGAUCUGCUCACCACUCUUCUCCAAAGCAAGGAAGAAUCUUUGGCCUCCGUGGUGUACAACUACAAGCAUGGCUUCUCGGGGUUCGCCGCCAUGCUCACCACAGAGCAAGCGAAAGAACUUGCAGAGUUUCCGGAAGUAAUCAGUGUCCAACCGAGUAAAAGGCACACGCCAACCACCACACGGAGCUGGGACUUUCUUGGGCUCAACCACCAGAUGAUGGGCAGUGAUAUGCUCCACGGAAGCAACUCUGGAGGAGAGGACGUGAUCAUCGGGGUGAUUGACACCGGGAUCUGGCCGGAGUCGAGAAGCUUCAACGACGCAGGCUACGGGCCGGUGCCAUCAAGGUGGAAAGGGAAGUGCCAGGUCGGACACGACUGGGGCAGCACAAACUGCAGCCGUAAGAUCAUCGGUGCACGGUUCUAUAGCGCGGGAGUACCUGACCAGUUCCUCGAGACGGACUCGCUCUCGCCCCGGGACCAUAACGGUCACGGCACACAUUGUGCGUCCACCGCCGCCGGCUCGGCAGUGGAGGCGGCCAGCUUCCACGGCCUAGCCAAGGGGGUCGCUCGGGGAGGCGCAACGCGUGCUCGCAUCGCGGUGUACAAGUCUUUCUGGGGCCUUGGCUUCGGGAACACAGCGACCGUGCUGGCAGCCAUCGACGACGCGAUCCAUGACGGAGUGGACGUGUUGUCGAUGUCCUUUGGUGUCGACGAGAACUCGUUCGGCGUCCUGCACGCGGUCCAAAAGGGGAUCACCGUCGUGUAUGCGGGGGGUAACGAGGGGCCAAGGCCACAGACGGUUAGGAACGGUGCGCCGUGGGCUAUCACCGUUGCGGCUAGCAAGAUUGAUCGGUCAUUUCCGACGAUGAUCACGCUGGGAAGCAAACAACAGAUAGUGGGACAGUCUCUCUAUUACCGAGGGAAGAAUUCGUCAAAGAGCAGCAGUGGUUUCAAAGUUCUUGUGGUUCCAGUGAGUUGUGACAUGGAAAUUCUCAAUGGCACGGACGUGAAAGGGCAGAUCCUGUUCUGCACCAUGCAGCCAGGGGAUCAAGAUGUGUUCCAGCAGUCAUCACAGUACGUCCGGGAUGGUGGGGGAUCUGGUGUCAUCUUUGCCCAGUAUACCACGGACCUAAGCUUCACAGCACUAGAUGUCUGCAAGGGCAUAGCCUGCGUUCUCGUGGACCUCGACAUCGGAAAGAAGAUCGCCAGCUACAUGGACGACGCAAGCUCUCCAAUGGUGAAGAUCGAACCGGCGCGAACCAUCACGGGGAAGGAAACACUGGCACCAAAAGUGGCCAUGUUCUCCUCGAGGGGUCCGUCGCCUGAUUAUCCCGCCAUUAUCAAGCCUGACAUAGCGGCACCUGGAGUCAACAUCUUGGCGGCAAAGGAAAAUUCGUAUGCAAUUUUGUCGGGGACGUCGAUGGCAGCCCCACAUGUAGCUGGCGUUGUUGCCCUGCUGAAAGCUCUUCACCCAAACUGGUCAUCUGCUGCAAUCAAAUCAGCCAUUGUCACUACCGCCCAUACAACCGAUGAGCACGGAAUGCCGCUACUGGCGGGAGGGCUGCCUCGGAA